UUUUCCUCAAUCCAGAUUCACGCUCUUGGGAAAGGCUCCUUUGUCACCUGAAGCUGCCGGUGAACAGGUUGUUCCACUGUCUUUAAAAUCUGAUGCUGAUAGUUGAACUUGAAUCAGAACAACAACAACAACAUAAAUAAGUCUCAUCACCUCAAACCAAACCAACCCUGUUUGUUAGCUGUUACCUCUAGAGACAUAUCCAUCUGGAGUAUAAUGAGUGAACAAUUGGGGGUGCUAAAAGUACGAGUUGCGCAAGGGAAAAGGUUGGUGAUCCGGGAUUUCAAGAGCAGUGAUCCCUAUGUGGUGCUCAAACUUGGGAAUCAGACUGCAAAGACCAAGGUCAUUAACAGCUGUUUAAAUCCUGUUUGGAAUGAAGAGCUGAAUUUCACUCUCACAGAACCCUUGGGAGUUCUCAAUUUGGAAGUGUUUGAUAAAGAUCUUCUGAAGGCUGAUGACAAGAUGGGAAAUGCUUUUGUCAACCUUCAACCACUAGUCUCAGCAGCUAGAUUAAGGGAUAUUUUACGAGUUUCUUCGGGUGAGACAACAUUAAGGAAGGUGGUGCCUGAUAGUGAAAACUGUCUUGUCCGUGAAAGCAGUAUCAAUUGUGUUAAUGGUGAGGUGGUGCAGAAUGUUUGGUUAAGGCUUCGCGAUGUAGAAUCUGGGGAGGUAGAACUGACAAUCAAGUUGAUCACACCAGUUGCUCCCUCAAAAUAGUGCAGAAAUUGCCAAUGUCAUCCUCAGGCUAGAUCUUUAACAAGAUCAUAGUUGUAACAUUUUAUAUGUAGUUGUUGAGUUUUUGCAUCUGCUUAACUGCUUCUUAGAUGUUUCUACCAAAAAAAAAUUCCUUCAUAGAUGCAUAUUCUAAUUAAUUUAGCAGCUUGUUGGCGAUUCCUCAUCCCCAUAUAUUAAAAGCCACUUGAAGCUUUUUUUUUUAAGGAAAAGCCACUUGAAGCUGCUCUUCCUGAUGAAGAAUUUGUAAUUUAUUAGUUCAUUGGUUACUAUGGUGUGUUGUGUUUGUGUUACCUUGUAUUUAACAAAAAAAAGGAGUAGUAGAAAACUAUCCCUUCAUUUUAGUGAUGAGUUCUCAAGCAUAGGUUUUGGUGUAACUAUUGAUUUGCAGGUAAGUCAAGAAAAGGAAGUUAUGAUGUUUGGCUAGUUUAUACUUCUAACUCUGCAUUGUUAGUUACAAAUUUACCCAAGUAGAGAUUUAAGGAGCUGUAUGUAUGAUUUACUUUAGGUUUAUUACA